AAAAGUAUCUCCGAGUCUCAGGCUGAUAGUAAUAUCUUUACCGUCCUUCAAGGAACCCACGAUAGGGUAGCUGGCUCCUUAUAAGCCCGACACAAUGUCUCCUAGCAAGUCAGAAAAAAAUUGAACAUGUCUACCCAGCCAAGUGAAAUUCAAGGGAUGAACGCCGCAAAAGAAGAUAUUUCCUCCGCUAUACGGUCUUUCCUCUCGAGGUGCUCGAUUCCAUAUCGAAAAGUGCCUAUGGAUCUACCGUUUCUGGAAUUAUGCUACAAUGAAGCAGCCAAACGAGGGUACACUGUGGAAGGCUCUGACCCACUGAAACCUUUUAUUCCAGCAGGGGUGACCAUAGCCAUUACUAGUUACGCCCACCUGAGAGACACCUCUGUUCAAGUCUGGAUGGCCCUAUAUACAGCCUGCGCAAUUUACUGCGAAGACAUUCACCAGAAGGACACUACUGCUAUGGCUGUGUUCUUUGAACGACUCAUGCGUGGUAAACCACAAGAGGAUCGUACGCUGGAUGCCUUUGCAGAUCUCAUACUCGAGACUUCGCGCCAUUUUCCUAGAAUAACAGCCAAUUUUAUGGUGUCGUCGACGCUGAAUUUCGUCAAUGCACUGCUGUUGGAAGACCAAACCCAAGGCCUGAAGUUUUCCACUCACGCGAGUAAUUAUCCUGCAUUCAGUAGAAUCAUGUCCGGUUUAUCUGAGCUCUACGCUCUUGCCAUAUUUCCAAGCAUGGAGACACCUCUAGAAUCUUUUAUACAAGCUCUUCCCACCUUGAUGGCGUUUAUCGUCAAUGUCAAUGACAUUCUCUCAUUUUAUAAAGAAGAACUAUACGGAGAAACUGUCAACCAAAUAUCCCUGUUGGCACUCUGCCGUGACCGGAGCAAAAGCCACGCAUUUCAUUCUCUUAUUCACGAAACAGUUGAGGCUCAUGAAAAGAUUAUACGCAUUCUGGAGCCAGACAGGGAAGCAUUGGAUGCUUAUAAAGAGUUUGCUCGUGGUUAUGUAGAGUUCCACGUUAGUCUGGACAGCAGGUAUCGCCUGAACGAGCUUGAAUUUCAACCGGUCUUGUCCAUUCUUUAGAUUCAUUCGAAUAUCUUGCGUGUAGUCACUAGCAUUGUAACCAAGUCCGAAUCGUCGUUCUCCCUUCUUCGUACCCGCGCCGUAUCGACAUCAGUACGUUAAACUAGGAAAACAACAUUCAGCAUGUGGAAAGGAUGAUUUUCUCUCGCUCGCAGAUGAGGAUAGACGCCGCAAAAUUUCUGCAAAACAAACAGAACCAUUUAUAUUUUGGCUUCUUCUAAAAUCACAGGAGAAUC